CGCGCGUGUUCUCGCGGUAUUUGGAAAAAUAGGAGCAGGUAGAGAGGAGUUGGGGGAAAGGAACCUCCGCGGUAUAGCAAAAGAAGCCACGGCAUCGGCGGCUCAGAGGACGACAACGUGGGCGAUUAUUUUUUCGUAUUCUCGCGAGAAUUGGUGGCUAACCUUCCCUCCUCACUUUCCUACCUUCCUCUUCCUUCCCCCUCCCCCCCUCAACCUGGAAACAGCGCCGUUUCGAUCUGGGAAGUAGGUAAAAAAAGAUGGGACCCUUGACUUGGGGAGCUCACUAGAGAUUCAGGUUGAGGAAGGGGGUGCCCCCUUAGUAGAGGAUCUUGGGUUGGUGACGGGCCUCCGGGAUUUGCUCAGUGAGCGAGGCCCCGGGGCGCGCUGGAAGUGUAUACAGUCAGCCCCUCAGGAAGUUGAGCAGAUAGCAAAUGAAUUCAGUCCCCACUUUAAUUUUGUAGGGACGUGGGACCUUUAGUUAGUGGGUAAGGCAACCUUGAUCCAAGGCAAUCCGCUGCUUAAAUACUUUGAGAGACUACUCUUGGGGGACCCCUUUUUCAAAAAUCUCGAAGAGGGUAGUCUCCAGAACUUUUCUUUAUUAUUUUUUUGGCGUUGGUAAAGUCCAGCUUCUUACCUAUUUACAAACGGUUUUUUUUUUGCAUAUUUCUACCCUUUUAAUCAACCCUUUUCAGAAUUAAUACUCUAAAAGUAGGAAUUAAUUUAGACUAGGAGAUAAGGAAGAGCAGGGCUUACUCAGGGUUUAAAAUAUCGUCUCUUCCCUUCCUACAUGUGAAGUGUGAGAUCGGAGGAUAUUUUGAUAGAGUUGUUUUCCUCCAGGUGAAAGGCAGCUUAACUCAAUUUCAGAUUUAUUUCUGAGGCAGUCUUAUCUUACAACAUUCUGCAUGUGAUUGCAGAAUCAGGUAUUCAUAGAGCAACCCCAUUUAUCCUGGUAAAGAGACACUGGUGGGUUGAAUGUAGGACAUAGAUAACAAAAGGAAAAGUAGCCCUUCCAUCGUAGGGGUAGGGGCUUGAAGAGUAGAAUUUGGGCUUUUUGGAGGAUUCCUCCCUUUUUUCAAGCACAGUGGAGAAGGAAUGCCAAACCCAGAGAGACAUGGGGGCAAGAAGGAUACGGGAGGUGGGGGGUCUUUGCAUCAAGAUGCAGUGUCCAGCAGUGGGAGCUCAAACAGCAGAGAAAGGCAUCGACUCUCCAAGCAUAAAAGACACAGAUCCAGGCAUUCCAAAGAUUCGCCGUUGGGGUCCCAAGAAGGAGGAGCACCUCUUGGCAGCAUGAUCAAGCCAUUGGUAGAAUAUGAUGAUAUCAGCUCUGAUUCUGACACUUUCUCAGAUGAAGCAGUCCUCAAGUUGGAACAUAGAGAAAACGAUGAGAGGAAAGGGACAUCAGACAGGAGUGAUCGACUACAUAGGCAUCGUCAUCAUCAACACAGGCGUGUCCGUGAAUUGAUAAAAAGUAAGUUGGGAGACAAGGAGAAGAAAAUGGACAGAAAUCAAGAGUCCUCAGGCAAGUUGAGUUCUAGUAAGGAUAGACUAUCUGGUACUUCCAAAAGGCUACAGGAGGAGAAUGAUGACCACACAUCUAAAUCAUUCAAGAGCAGUAGCAAAGAGUCCCGCUCAGCCAAACUGCAUAAGGAGAAGUCUAGAAAAGAACGGGAGGCAAAAUCUGGUCACAAGGAUCACAGUAAAAGUCAUCGGAAAAGAGAUGCCCCUAAAAGUUACAAGUCAUUGGACAGUCCAAAGCGAAAAUCCAGAAGUCCACACCGCAAGUGGUCAGAUAGUCCCAAACAAGAUGACAGUCCCUCAGGAGCAUCCUAUUCACAGGAUUAUGACAACAGCCCUCCCCGCUCACAUACAUCCAGUAACUAUGAUUCAUAUAAGAAAAGUCCUAGUGUAUCCUCACGACGACCAUCAGUCAGCCCUCCAUAUAAGGAACCUGCUGCCUACCAAUCCAGUAUGCGUUCUCCCAGCCCUUAUGGUAAGAGACAGCGGUCCGUCAGUCCAUACAGCAGGAGGCGGUCAUCCAGUUAUGAAAGAGGAAGUGGAUCAUACAGUGGAAGAUCUCCCAGCCCAUUCAAUCGAAGGCGCUCCAGCAGUCCUUUUGUUUCCAAACGGUCUCUGAGUCGUAGUCCUGUUUCCAGGAAGCCCAUGAAAUCCCGAAGCAGAAGUCCUAAUUAUUCAAGACAUUCUUCAUCUCAUAACAAAAAGCAGAGAACUGGGUCUCGCAGUCGCCAUUCCAGUAUCUCACCUGCUCGGCUACCACUGACCUCCAGUUUAGGAGCUGAGCUGAGUAGGAAGAAAAAGGAGAGGGCUGCAGCUGCAGCUGCUGCAGCAAAAAUUGAUGGAAAGGAGACCAAGGACUCAUCUAGCUUGGUGUCUAAAAAAGAAAAUAAUUUAGCUGAAGUAAAAGAGUCUGUAAUGGAUGUCAGGAAGGCAAAAAUGGCUAAGCCUGAAAAAUGUCCUCCUGAUCAGGUGACGGUAAAUACUCCACAACACAAUGCAGAGAUGAAAACAACUCCCGAGCCUGUCAAAACAAAGACAGUAGAAAAUUCUGAAAAGAAACGUCUUGCUUUGGUUAAAGACUCAAAAACUGUGGGAACAAAAAAUAUGAAACAUGGUAUAGCAAAGGAGGAAAUUGUGACUCCAAAACAAAUAGAGACAUCUGAGCAAGAGGUCCAACCUCCUUUGCCUUCUGUAAAGUCACUCCCUCCUUUACCAACAUCAUCCCCACCUCCUCAAAUUCCUCCACCAUUGCCCCCCUUGCCUCCAUUGCCGGUUGUUCCCCCUCUGCCAUCUGCCCAGUCAUCUACCAUUCACAGCCCUGUUUUAGUUCCUCUGCCCUUUUCUGCCCUUUCUAAAACAUCCUUGACUUCUCAGGCUAACUCCCAGUCUAUCAUGCAGUCGUCCUCAAAGGGACAUGGUUCUGUGACCAUAGCAGUUCCUCAUCUCAAAACAUCAACGUUGCCUCCACUCCCUUUGCCACCAAUCUUGCCUGGGGAAGAUGAGUUGGAAAGUCCAAAGGAGAUAGUUCCUCUGAAGUCGGUGAAGAAAGAGAAAGAACAGAGACCACGACACUUGCUUACAGACCUCCCACUUCCUCCAGAGCUUCUUGGUGGAGACCCUUCACCGCCAGAGUCUCCAGAACCAAAGGCAGCCACACCACCUCAGCAAUCAUUAAGAAAGAGACCAAAAAUCUGUUGCCCUCGUUAUGGUGAGAGGAGGCAGACAGAAAGUGAUUGGGGAAAGCGCUGUGUGGACAAAUUUGAUAUUAUUGGUAUUAUUGGUGAGGGAACAUAUGGGCAAGUGUACAAAGCCAAGGACAAGGAUACAGGUGAAUUGGUAGCUUUGAAAAAAGUAAGGCUGGACAAUGAAAAGGAAGGCUUCCCUAUUACAGCUAUCCGUGAAAUCAAGAUUCUCAGACAAUUGAUUCAUCAGAGUGUUGUCAACAUGAAGGAAAUUGUUACAGACAAACAAGAUGCACUGGAUUUCAAGAAGGACAAAGGUGCCUUUUAUCUUGUAUUUGAAUAUAUGGACCAUGACCUCAUGGGAUUGCUAGAAUCUGGGUUGGUGCAUUUCUCAGAGGAUCAUAUCAAAUCAUUCAUGAAGCAGUUGAUGGAGGGACUGGACUAUUGUCACAAAAAAAACUUUCUUCAUCGAGAUAUCAAAUGUUCCAACAUCUUAUUAAAUAACAGUGGGCAGAUCAAGCUGGCAGACUUUGGUCUUGCCCGACUUUACAGUUCAGAAGAAAGCCGUCCAUAUACCAAUAAAGUCAUUACAUUAUGGUAUCGACCACCAGAGUUGCUGCUAGGCGAGGAGCGUUACACACCAGCUAUCGAUGUCUGGAGCUGUGGUUGCAUCCUUGGGGAACUGUUUACAAAGAAACCUAUUUUUCAAGCUAAUCUUGAGUUGUCCCAGCUUGAAUUAAUCAGCCGUCUUUGUGGGAGCCCAUGUCCAGCUGCAUGGCCAGAUGUAAUCAAACUUCCUUACUUCAACACCAUGAAACCCAAGAAGCAAUAUCGUAGGCGCCUGCGGGAGGAAUUUUCUUUCAUUCCUUCUGCUGCCCUCGAUUUACUAGACCAUAUGCUAACACUGGACCCCAAUAAACGAUGUACAGCAGAGCAAGCCUUGCAGAGUGAUUUCCUAAAGGAUGUUGAUAUCAGCAAGAUGGAUCCUCCGGACCUCCCUCGUUGGCAGGAUUGUCAUGAACUCUGGAGUAAGAAACGCCGGCGGCAGCGGCAAAGCGGGAUUGUGGUGGAGGAACCUCCCUUGGCAAAGGUUUCCCGGAAGGACACAGCCUCCGUAAUAAUAAGCGCUGAAGCUAUCAAGAAUCAUAGCAGCCCAGUACCUCCCCAGCCUGCUCAGAUCAAAAUACAACCUGGUGCUGGAGAUUCAUUUGCUAGUAACAAGAAGGCUAAAUUCCAGAUGAGUAGAGGAUACCAGACUGAGAGAUGUUUCCAUAGAUUCAGCUCCGCAAGUAGGCAUACAAUCCAUCCUGAUGUGUCAGGUCUCGGUGACAUCACACAGCAGCUGAAUCAGAGUGAGCUAGCGGUCUUACUGAACUUGUUGCAGAGCCAGACAGACCUAAGUGUUCCACAGAUGGCCCAGCUACUCAACAUUCAUUCAAACCCUGAGAUGCAGCAACAGCUAGAGGCCCUUAACCAAUCUAUCAAUGCACUCAAUGAAGCCACCACCACUCAGCAAGUGCAGGAUUCCCAGAAAGUGCCUGAAGCGGAAACAUCUGUUGAAGAACCACCCCCACCAGGCCAUCCCUCUGAGGAACAACCCACUCCUGAAGCAACAGGCACUCAGGGUGACAUGCAAAGCGUUCUGGCAGUUUUGCUGAGCCAGCUAAUUAAAACCCAAGAGCCUGCAACAAAUACAGAGCAGAAUAGCAGUGACAAGAACAGCGAUCUACGGGGGCCACGGAAAACCCCCACUUUGCCUCAGGAGGAAACUGCAGAGACCAGGGAAGGAGGCUCAGAUCUUGAAAUUUCUGACCAGACCCUGAAGGCUGAGAGAACACAGCUUGUGGAAGGCCUCCAAGUUAAAUUCUGGAUAUUGGUUAAAAGAGGUCUACUUUCAGCCCAGGAAACAGCCGAGGAAGCAUACUCUUCAGGGAGAGGAGAACCAAAGUUUGAACAGAUGUGCCAUUGGACAAAGAACUGGCUAGAUCAUGACUUUUUGCCUAAUCAGAUGGCAACUUUUUUUGGUUGAAGGGUGAGGAAUUUAACAUUUGCACUGGUUCUUCAAAGAAGAUAUGAUUGGCCGGCAGACACAGGUGCUGAAAGUGGCAGCUAAGUCUAAAGAAAAACUUUAUCCAGUCAUCUUCCACGGUUGGGAGUAGAUGGAAGCUACACAUCCUACAGCAGUCUCCUGAACUUUCCUGGAGAACGUGGUUCCGCCCUUGUGGUUGUCUUACUAACAAUUUACCACAUUUCACUAAGUCGUUAUAAUUAAGCCUCUCUUCUUCUUGAUCAUGUCAACUGCAUUUCAGUGCCACAAGAUGCAAUUGCCAUGGCACAAAUGAGGUUAUUCAUAUUCUACCAGCCUCCUUCUUCUCCUGUAAGUUUCAGGCCCAUCGUCUCUGAACCGUCUGGAAUGCUGGCACCGGUUCCAAUCCUCGGUGCUCCCACAGAGAGCCAGCAUGCAUGGCAGGCUGCAGCAUCAUUACGAUGAUUGAUUCUUUCAGCAGCUUACACACAGUGGGGUCCCUGCUACCAACAAAAAUGGGGACACAGGGAAGAAGAAGGAACUGCAGCUUCCACAAAAGCUUCUUCUUGAUUUCUUUUUAGAUUACAGGAAAGACUUGCUCUAAAUUAGCUAAAGAGGAAGAAGAGGGGAAGAUUCGGAAUUGGCCCUUCCGUGUUUGUCCCUUUUGUAAUUGCAGGGUGGGUCUAGGAACCAAGAAAGGGAACUGCAAGAGGGCUUCUCUUCUCUGGAUGAAAUUUGGCAAGAUCAGUUGCACUGACCGGUAUUCUUCAAUCUCUGAGAACACUUUCUACAUCAGUAUGUCCCGGAAGGAAUUCCUUUCACCUGCAACAGAAUCCUUAUACAUUGAAGAAAAUUCUGGGUACACUAAGUUGAAACAUUGUUUAGGCAUUUUGCAUGCCAGAGAAGAGUUACCAGUUGUGCAUCGCCCACCCCUCAAAUGCCAGUUUAGAAAUAUUUACAAGUUUCUUUGAGUUAUGACUACAAUUUCUGUGUAAGUUGUUGUAGUCAUAAGUUGAAUCAGACCCUAUUUCACCUUCAUUUUUAUGAUGGUUUUUAAGCAAAUCACCAUGGUCAUUAAACAAAUCUGCAAACACUAGUCAUAAGUAGGAACUCAUUCCUCCAAAUGGACCCUUUUUGCUGGAAACCAGCAAUAAAGGUUGCAAAUCACAAUCAAGUGACCACAGGACACUGUAAUUGGUUGUGAAUUGCUAAACACCCAAACUUCAGUCACAUGAACAUGGGGUGUGUGUGUGAUGUGACAGUCGUAAGGUGAGGACUGAACAUAAGUGAGCAAUGGGCUUUUUUCAGCACCAUCAUAACUUUGAACGGUCACUAAAUGAAUAAUCAUAAGUCAAGGACUACCUGUAUUAUAAUUUAAGUACACAUUCAUUAUAUAUUAUCAUGAGAAAAUAGGAGGAGAAUAGGAGAAAACUGUAUCAAGUUAUUUUUGUAUUAUAGAGAAGAGUCUAUACCAGGGGUGUCAAACUCACAUCGUCAUGGCAGCAUCAUGUGAUGUAUUGGGACUCCCCCCCCACUUCACUAAACCAGAUGUGGGCGUGGCCAGCGCAUGACGUAUCCGGCCCAUGGGCCGGGAGUUUGACAGACCUGGUCUAUACCAUUCCAGAAAAACAGCUGAUACCCAAUUUCAAAGUUUUUGCUCAACUUUCUAAAAGCUCCAUAAAUCAGAUUUUCAAUGGAAAGCCCUAACGGGAGGCCAAAAAGGAGCUAUUAAGUAAAAUGGAAGCCCUACAUUUGUCUUAUACUAGUCAAUAACUGUAGGCAUUCAUUUUGUUUUCCUUUCAAGUUCAGAAUGUUUCCCUCUAAAGAUAUGCAGAACCAAUAGGCAGAUGUAGAGAAGGCAGGUAGAAGUGGUCCACAAUCUGGCCUUGAUCUUUUGACCAUUUCCACACUUCCACAUCCUCUGUUUGACAUGGCUAUUUUACUUGAGGGAUAUGUAAAUACCCGGAAAUCAACUUAUCCCACUGAAGCUUCUUUGUCAAGGAUCCUGGUGUCUCAAUCGGGAACCUUCAUGGUUUGCCCAGGGACCCAGCUAAACAAAUUAUCUAGGACUGUGGGUGCUCUUUUUAAAGCCCAGAUGCUCUGUACCGGCCUCUGAGUGGAAGGCAAGUAUGAUGUUUCAACACGGACAAAUGGAUAUAAUAGAAAAAUAGGAUAUGUUUACUCUUGCAUGGCUAACAAAGCAACCCUUUCCACCUGCUUGACUUCCAGCUUGUGCCAUCAUUUCCAACAACAGACAACAGCAGAUUUCUUGGAUUGGAAAAAUCCUAGAUAGAAGCUAACUUUGGCUUAGCACUAACCACCUUGUUUCAGACUUACACUAUUUUUGGCAUAGAACUUCUCCUUGCAAUAAAACCACGAAAUUCACCUGGCUGGUUUGGGAGCAAAAGUAUCCUUCCUAUUUCUUUCCCAUUCUCCACUGCUUUCUUCUUUUUGACAAGAUAAUAAAAGAAGUAAGACCCACAGGUCAAUUUCCUUUUUCUGACACAGACAUUUGAAAAAUCUUCAACAUUAUGUCAACAACCAAGCGUGCAGCUGGGGCUCAAGGCUGGCUGUCUCCAGUCCCAGCUCGGCUCAGGGAGCCGUAGCUCGCCAGCAUGAGAGUUUCUCGCCCUGCCAAACUGAGUAAUUAAAGCCUCUAUCACAUCCUAUAAAGAUGUGUUCUAGCCACAACAAGCAGGAAGAGGCAAAACUUCAGGCUGAUCAGACCCUGCUUUCUUCGUUAGGGUUAACAUGACCAACGUUAGAACUGAACAGCGUUGGUUUUGUAUCUCAUUACAUCCUGUAUUUUAAGAAAAUACUGUAAAAUAACGAUAAUUAUUUUUUUUUGGCCUAAAUUUCAAGUUUAGGAAAUUUGCAGUCAAGGUGGAGAUUUUGAAGGCUGGCUUUAUACUUUAUUUCCAUUGAAGUUUAAUUUAAUUUUAUAUUAAUUCUGAAGGUAAAUUAAUUAUGCUUUCCUUCCUAUUUUAUACUGUACUGGAUUGUUUAGUGCUGAAAUUAUAGUAUUAGAAGAACAAAAUGAUAGUUCUUCCAUAGAUUCCCUAAUCUUACUUUACACUGGUCACCUUUUUUCUUUUUCUCUUUUUUUUAAUGGUGAAAAGAAAAUCAAUGCAUUGUGGCAGAUGGGGAGCGUUACUUCCCUGAAGGCUGUCUAUUCAACCAUCUCCAUGGUCAAAGAAAUUCUAGAUUACCCCUCUCCUGAAGCAUUUUGACUAGCUUCUUUCAAAUAUCCCAGGCAAUGUUAGAAUAGAUGAUUUUUGUACAUUUCCACGAUAGGUUAACAUUGAACUGAUCAAUGUAAACAUGGCAAGAUCGAAUUACUGUUGUUGGGCCACUUCUACAUGGGGAAUUAACUCCACUGGUUUUGCUGCCGUAAGAGUGGUUUCAAUGAGCACCCUCUGCCAACUAGCGCUGUUGCCAAGAGCCAGUAAGGAGUGCACAAAAAUAAGCAGGACAUUGGCACCCCAUCAUCAACCCCAAGCUUCAUCUUACUAUAUUUACGCUCCUUGUCAAGGAACAAACAAACAGGCCACAGCAUGGAGACGUGGCAAAGCCAAGAAAAGAGCAUCAAUGCGCCAUGGCAUCUUGAUUUCUCAGGAAAGUAAGGAAAUCCUAGAUGGUGGAUAUGGCCCAGUGCUCCCUUCAAAGGAAAAACAUCAGUCCCAUAGCUCUAAAAAAGAAUGCUGCAGAGCUGUUAUUGCAGGACUUCUUCUGGAGCAGGAGCCAAGCCAAAUAGCUUGCAGAGUUAAUCAGCUCAGUUUUCCAAGCCUACUGAACACCCCUGGCAUUGUGGGAAUGCACAAAGGCAGCACAGUCUCAGACUGGCAUGGACUCAAAUGGGAUGAGGAAUUGUCCUUGCCUUCUUGUUGCUAUUCCUAUGCACUGGAAGCUCCAAUGCCAAAAUGAGCGCUAAAGCUUUCAGCAAACAGCAUUGAUCAGGUGAGGAUAACGGCAGCCUCUUGGAAAACCGCCCCAAGAAUAUAAAACUCAGUGUGUAGAAAAAUUGCAAGUCCAAGAAAAGGCUGGGCCAACCAUUUGUGUUACAACCAAACUAUGUGGCAGCCUUUGGUGGUCUAGAGUCCCCCAGGGAUUUUGGUCUGCAAUUCCCAUUACUCAAAAGCUAUUUAGAGCUAGCAGUGGUACAAUACAAGGGAAAACAUUGUACUCUACUCUGCUCUACUCUGGAUUGGCUUCAGUGGUGGUAAUACCUACCCAGCUGCUUAUCUGGCCUCAGAAGCUAAGCAGAGUCAUGCCUGAUCAGUCCUUUGGUGGGAGAUCUAGGAUUAUGGGUUACUGCAGGAGGUGAAAACAUAAUUUCAAGGAACAGUCCUCAAUCAUUUUCAAGCAAAUUGCACGAACAUAAUAACAAAGUCACCAGAGAUUGAAUUGACCUGAAAGAGACAUUACCUUUUAAAAUUAACGUAAACCAUAUCUCUUUGUUAAGCCUAAGCCUAAAGAUUAGGACAUUGAGAAUUGAAAACUGCUGAAUAAUUCUGUCUGUGAGUGUGUAUUAUCUAUUUAAUGUAAAAUUCAGGAGGUGAGGCUGCUAAAGCAUUUGGGGACAAUAACAGUUGCAUGCAGAUAUGCCGCAUUUUUCAA